AUGAAGGUCUCUUUCGUCUCUGCUGUCCUUGCCGUCCUCCCGGCCUGGGUCAAUGCUGUCGUUAUUACCAACAGCAAUUUUGACGAUAUCGAGGUUGGCAAGCCUUUCGAGGUUACCUGGUCCGAUGCCGCCGGUCCUGUUAGUCUUACCUUGAAGGAUGGCCCGUCUGACAAUCUCAAGACCGUCUCUGAGCUCACCUCUGGCGAGACUGGCACGAGUUACACUUGGGUUCCUUCUUCUGAUCUGUCUUCUGGCACCUACGCCCUCGAGAUCAACGAUGGCAGCGACGUGAACUACAGCCAGCAGUUCGAGAUCUCUGGCGGCUCUGCUAGCGGUACCUCGGCCAGUAGCACAGUCUCGGAGACUAGCACGUCUUCGGCCAUCUCGUCGUCGUCUACUAUCGCUAGCACCACUAGCAGUGCUACUCUCACUAGCAGUGCUUCUGUUACUAGCAGUGAGACUUCUUCGGCUCCUACUAGUUCCAGCGCGUCGUCCGGAUCUUCCAGCUUCGUCACAAGCACUAGCAGUGGUUCAACCUCUGCUACCACUUCGUCUAGCACCCAUGCCAGUUCCACUUCUUCCGCGACCAAGACCUCGGCUGCCACCCCCGACACGGUGCCCAACACGAAUGCCGCUCAGACGGUGGCUCCGUUUGUGGCACCCAUGCUCCUGGCAGUCGGUGCGAUUUUCAUGUAA